UGUAACAAGGAAGUGUGUAACUCCCACAGUGUGGACGAACGUUGUGGCUUCAAGGAGGCAGAGAACAGGCAUGUCAGGACGGCGCACAUCUAGCAGACUCAAGGCCCUUACAAGGUCUUCGUUGAAGUCCCUAGAAAAGUCCACGAAAAAGUUCCCGGCAAAACCGACUCCAUACUCGCGCCCGAGGAGGAAAUGCGCAUCCAAAGAUCCUAAAAAAAAAGCCAAUACGAAGCCUGCUGACACAAAACAUCAGAAGACCUCGAACUCGAAUAAAGGCAAAGGUAAACCGUCCAUCAAAACGUCGCCUGAUGUACCACCUAUUCAGCCAAUCAUUGUGCCAGGAAGAUCCGAACUAGUAGAAAUUAUUGAAAAUACUCCAGGGUGCCAAUCCGGUAGCGAGUUAAUGUUGGAUGUCUUGGUGAUGACACUCGAGGGGGCUACUGUUAUGCUAACGUCUGACAAGGAGAACAAGUCUGUGAACGCUUUGUACAGGGAAGGGGGUGAGGAGAGGACGAGUAUACUCCCUACGAGUCAAUUUCUAACGAACUUCACUAUCAUCGAGGACAACCUGGUGGCUGCUGGUGUGUGGUAUCAAUACCAAAUAAUAUUUUUCAAAGUAUUCCCAGAUCUGGAUCUUCAGCGUACCAUUGACACAAAAACACGAUACAGCUCUAUUGCAUUCCUGUCUCCAGGAACAUUGGUUGGAAGUCAUGUCCUUGGAAAUUGUGGAGUGGAUGUAAUUGAUAUGUCUGGGAAUAUUCUCAGGACAUUUGACAGAAGUCACUUCAGCAGGCCGUACAGUGUGUGCACCUACAACGGCAACUGUAUAGUUGGAGAUAUGACGAAUCACGCGAUAAUGUGUUUCAACGACAUGGGGAAUAUGCUGUUUAACUUCAAACCUGGAGCCGAAAAGAAGUUCGUAGGGCUGUUGACAGUGAGGGCUCACAAAGGCUACAUCUAUGCUUCUGACAGAGAGGGCCACAGAGUAGUUCAGCUGACUGCAGAUGGGAAGUUUGUGAGAGAUGUCCUCACAAGAGAGGAUGGUAUCGAAGAGCCACAAGGUAUCUGUAUCACUGACGACAACCUCCUCUAUGUCUCAGUGAUAAACAGCUACAUCAGAGUGUAUCGUAUUGGAUGACAUUGUGCUUGCAUAUGUACACAGCGACAUCUGUGUGUUCCGUGUUCGUUAACAUUGGGCUUGUAUAGCUCAGGUUUACAUGUAGUUAAGGCAAUGCAUUAUAAUGUUACUGAUUCGAGGACCACACGUUGUCAGAUGCGGACGAAUUUAGGAACGAACAUUCAGAACAGGCCCUAAGCAGGUUCAGAAGCAGUCCUUUCUAUUUGUCUGCAAAAAUAUAAUGUCACUGGAUUACAGUAUUGCCGCUUUUAGAUAAUAAAUGUAUUUCUAUUUA